GUUUAUACAUUACCUAUGUUUAUUUUACUGGCUAACAUGCUUCCGGACGCCUACGGUUGCGUUGUGGCGAACAGGUUCGGGAAUCUUUCGGAUGACGAUGCUGACCCGUUCGACUUGAUCAGCCAAGUGGAGAUGGAAAAGGACAAAAAGAAGAAGAAGAAAAAGGACGAGGAGGAGAAGAAAAGCAAACAGAAAAAACCUAGUCAUAAGGAAUCCCAGAGGGACAGACGCGUCCCUGUCGCGCCGGACGAUAAAGACCCAUUUCCGGGCCGUCAGCAGGUGGCACGCCCUCGACCGGUAACCGAGAGCCGAGAUGGCAGAGUCGAGGCACAGAGGCCCAUGAAGAAAGUUGCCACUGGGGAGGACUGGGCCAACAAAGACGAGUACCCACAAGAAUUUUCUAUCCUUAUGCCUUCCUAUAAUGCUGACUCUGACCUCAUGAGCAGAGGGGGGAUCAGAGGUAGGAGAGGAGCAAGAGGUGGAAGAGGAUAUACAAAGAGCUCAGACAACUUCAACCCAAGGGGCAAGAGAGAAUAUGAUCGACACAAUGGAACAGGAAUCUCUCCUGAGGAAAAGAGGGGAGGCAGAGGACCCUGGAACUGGGGUUGUGUUGAAGAAGCUACAAGUGAAUUAAUGGAGGUGACAAACAAUGUGCCAGUCAAAUCUGAGGAGCCCCCAGUGGACGAAGAGAAUCAGAAUCGAGCAACCGAAGAGGAUGGCGAGGUGGUGGUUCAGGUUGCCAUGGAGAUGACCCUGGAUGAAUGGAAGGCCUUGCAGGAGACGAGUCGUCCCAAAGCAGAAUUUAAUAUCCGCAAGACGGAGAACAAGAUUCCUUCCAAGGCCAAGGUCAUCCACCAGUCAAAGCACCUACAGAACCUCAAGGGUGCUCUGGAGGACAUGGAGGAUGACUGCAGCUUCUUCCGUAGAUCUACAAAUGACAUCACUUCCCUUCUGGACAUCAAUUUUGGGAGUCUUGGACGCCCCAGUCGUGGGGGUCGGGGAAGGGGAGCACGGGGCGGAGGAGCACGGGGCGGUGGAGCACAGGGCGGUCCAACUAGUCGCCCAGAGAGAGCCAACCAAAUAUUUGAGAGGGAUAAUCUGGCUCCUAACCCAGAUGACCCAGAAGACUUCCCAGCACUAUGCAAAGGAAGAUGAGUGAAUCCACUUGUUUACCUCCUAUGGGGAAAAUUGGUUGCACUUGACACUUGCUAGAAAUGUUUUCAUGUUGCUGUUAAGGUAUGGGGUUUUAUUGUACUCGAUUUUUGUUUAAUUGCACUGAAAGCACUGUUCCUGCAUCUGACUCCUGAAGAAUAAAUACUUGUGCAAAUGAA